AAUCCUUAUGUAUACAUUGUAUAUUUUCUUAUUUUAUUUCCUUAUAAUAUAUUUUUGAUAGAUUAAUUAUUGUGUUUCUAAAGCACCACUUGACGUAGCAUAGUUGAUACAGUUCUGGCCGAAGUUUCCUCAAAAUAACACUAGAGAGCACUUUCAUCAAUUUUAGAGUGCGCUUCGUUUCAUAAAUAUGAUGUAACGCGCUUUAAGCGCCAUCUUGAAACGAAGUGCAUCUAAUGUGGACAAAAAGAAUUACAACUCUUGAUGACACUGAACGUAUAAUUUUGUUGUCCAAAAUUAAUUUGUUCUUAAAUGCUUUUCGUGCAUUAAAUGGUGACUGCAUUUCUUGUUUUUUCGAAUUGAAAUAAUUCUCUUUAAUAUACCAUUAACUACUGUUAAUAGAUAUUAAUUAUUUUAUAUCAAGAAAUUCGUCGUGAAUUGUAUAUAUAUAUAAUGCAUUGCUAUUAACAAUCGCAAUACUUUCUAACCAUGUUUUUGUACAAUUACAAAAUAAAGUACAAAAAUAUCUAUUGAUAUCAUCAUUAUUUAUUCAAUGAAAGCAAAGCUGCAAUCAUUGUUUGUCACUGUACAUUUAGUACCUGAUCUUUAUAAUACACAUCUUGCCAUUAGCUCUUUGAUGUUUUAAUUCAUUUUAUUUGAUACCAUCUUAACAUCUUGACACUAUUUAAUCAAUUGCAUCUAUCAGGAAAUAAAUAUGUAAAUACCUACACAAUUGAUGAUAUUUGUAGGAUGUGAAUGAGUGUUGAAAUAAAAGAUCGUAAUACGAAUGUAACCCUAGAAGCAGCAAAUUUCGACACUAGUGUCUUUACUAGUAUCAAUCUUUACCACAAGGCAGCACGACUAAUAGUGACAACAGCACCUCCUGUCAUGGUAGACAGCAAUACUGAAGAUCUUGGUUCUUUAUACAAGUUUGUUCCAUCUGGGGGAUCUUUUAACAUACCGUGGCGUGGUCACACCGGAUGUAACCUUUUUUUUUCGCUUUCUUACUCAACAAUAAGAAUUCUUGUAUAUGUUUAACGAAAAAAAGCACAGCCGUUAUAAAAAGUAUUGAAAUUCGCGUAAGAAGGAAUUUCAUAUAACUUCACGUUAAUACAUAGAUAUAUGCUAUGUUCGGCCGUAGCAUAAUCAUGGCGACCAACAAAUCACAACGACUGGACGAUCUCGUACAAACGGUUACUCUACACAAUCCGCGAAAAUUAUUAUUCAAUGGUUACGUCUUACCUUUCAUAGUAUUGCAAUUAGUGUGGAUUUAUAGUUGGAUAUUUGUUUACGGUUUCAAUGAGUAUUACGAAGCAGGUCUGAUUGGAAUCGUUGCAAUCAGUGUACUACAAAUUUUUAUCUGCUUGUGCUGUCAAUGGUCUGUGCAUGUGCAUACCUUUUUAAAUUGCAGUUCGGAAAAGAAUCCAUAUAUAGCAAAGGUAGCAAAGGUGGUGCCUGUUCCAAAUAAUGGAAGUUCAGAACUUGUAAAAUUAAAUCAUGCAGACAAACAAGAACCAUGGUUUGUAUUUCAAAAAACGAAAUAUUAUUGGGAGCCAAAUGAAAAAUGUUUUAAAAGUCUUCAAUUUCCAAUCAAUCAAUCAAUUAAACAUUAUGCUGAAUGGAAGGGAUAUAUUGAUGAGAAGGAAGUCACAGCUGCUGAGGAAAAAUGUGGUAAAAAUAAAUUGGAUAUGUUUGUACCAGAGUUUUGGGAACUUUUUAAGGAAAGAGCAAUAGCACCAUUCUUUGUUUUUCAAGUAUUUUGCGUGGCACUUUGGUGUCUUGAUAAAUAUUGGUAUUAUAGUAUUUUCACUCUUAUUAUGCUUAUUAUGUUUGAAUGUACGCUUGUACAACAGCAACUCAGAAACAUGGCUGAAAUACGAAAAAUGGGAAACAAACCAUAUAUGAUAAUGGUUUAUAGAAACAGAAGAUGGCGUUAUAUGUUCACUGAUCAAUUAGUUCCCGGUGAUAUUGUUUCAAUAACAAGAUCACAAAAUGAUAAUUUAGUUCCAUGUGAUAUGUUAUUAUUAAGAGGCCCAUGUAUUGUGGAUGAAAGUAUGCUAACAGGUGAAUCUGUUCUUCAAAUGAAAGAGCCAAUAGAUGAUAUAGAUGGAAAUAGAGAUUUAAACAUAGAAGGCGAUGAUAAACUUCAUGUAUUAUUUGGAGGAACAAAAGUAGUACAACAUACACCACCCAGUAAAAAUGUGUCAGGUCUCAGAGCUGUUGAUAAUGGCUGUGUUGCUUAUGUUUUGCGUACUGGAUUUUCAACAUCACAGGGUAAACUCUUAAGAACCAUCUUAUUUGGAGUUAAACGUGUUACAGCAAAUAAUCUUGAAACAUUUGGAUUCAUUCUAUUUCUUCUGAUAUUUGCAAUUGGUGCUGCAGCUUAUGUUUGGAUCAAAGGCAGUGAGGAUCCAACAAGAAAUAAGUACAAGUUAUUUUUAGAGUGUACACUUAUUCUUACAUCCGUUGUACCACCAGAAUUACCCAUUGAAUUGUCAUUGGCUGUAAACACUUCCUUGUUAGCUUUAUCUAAAUUAGGAGUAUUUUGUACAGAACCUUUUAGGAUACCAUUUGCAGGGAAAGUUGAAAUUUGUUGUUUCGAUAAAACUGGAACUUUGACUAGUGAUAAUCUCGUUGUCGAAGGGAUAGCAGGGAUUGAUGGUAAAACAGAUGUGAUGCCAAUCUCAGAUGCACGUUUAGAAAGUGUGCAAGUACUUGCAACAUGCCAUUCUCUUGUUCAGUUGGACGAUGGAAUAGUCGGAGAUCCACUUGAGAAAGCUACACUGAAAGCUGUAAAUUGGAGCCUCACUAAAAGUGAUUCUGUAAUACCAAAAAAAGGCAAAUCACCUGUACUAAAGAUUUUACAAAGACAUCAUUUCUCAUCUGCAUUAAAAAGAAUGUCAGUUGUCGCAGGAUAUACAUCACCAGGUUCAUCUGAAAAUCAUUACAUAGUUACAGUGAAAGGUGCACCUGAAACUAUAAAGAAUAUGUUAUCUUCUAUCCCUGAUAAUUAUGAUUCAACGUAUUUAUCUCUUUCUCGUCGUGGUGCAAGAGUAUUAGCUUUGGGUUAUCGUAAGCUUUCAACUCCUAUAUCUGCCCAGGAAUUGAGAGAGUUUACUCGGGAAGAUUUAGAAAAAAAUCUUUUAUUUGCUGGAUUUGUUAUUAUAAGUUGUCCGCUUAAACCAGACUCUAAGGCAGUUAUAAAAGAAAUACUCAACGCUUCUCAUUCUGUAGUUAUGAUUACUGGAGAUAAUCCUUUGACAGCUUGUCACGUUAGUCGUGAAUUACAUUUUACAAAAAAAGCAGUUACUCUGAUUUUAACAAAAAACGAUGGUGAAUGGUUUUGGGAAAGUGUAGAUCGAAAAACACGAAUAUCUUUAAGUUAUAAAAAUGUUGAUUCAAAAGGCAGCGAAAUUUGGAGAGAACAUACGCUUUGUAUAACUGGAGAGGGACUCUCGUAUUUGAAUGAAAAUAAUAUGAAUCUUUUACGAAAGUUGUUACCACAUAUUGUAAUAUUUGCUCGAUGUGAACCAAAACAGAAAGAGUUUAUUAUUGUUUCUUUACAAUCAUUGGGAUAUACAACAUUGAUGUGUGGUGAUGGAACGAAUGAUGUAGGUGCAUUAAAACAUGCUCAAGUGGGUGUUGCGAUUUUGUCUAGUGCACCUGAAAGAGCAUCAGAGAAACGAGAAAAUUUAUCGGGUGGAUCAAGUGGAAAUACAAAUGCAACUGUAACAAAUACACCAAAAAGUAAUGGACCCCGGAUGAAUAUGAAACAACAAUCUAAUAUGCAAACAAAAAUACAAAAAAUCUUGAAAGAUCUUAAAGAACAGGAACAAUCUGUUAUCAUAAAACUUGGAGAUGCAUCUAUUGCUGCACCAUUUACAAGCAAAAUGUCUUCUAUUCAGUGUAUAUGCCAUGUAAUUAAACAAGGACGAUGUACGUUAGUUACAACAUUGCAGAUGUUUAAAAUUCUGGCUUUGAAUGCAUUAGUACUAGCUUAUAGUCAAUCUGUUCUGUAUUUGGAUGGUAUUAAAUUCAGUGAUGCUCAGGCGACUUUACAGGGUAUUCUUUUAGCAUCCUGUUUUCUAUUUAUAUCUAGAUCAAAACCACUGAAAACUCUAUCUAAACAAAGACCACUGCCAAAUAUUUUUAAUCUAUACACUAUUGCAACAGUCUUGCUGCAAUUUGCUGUACAUUUCUUUUGUCUUGUGUUUUUAGUAAAAGAAGCUACGCUUUUAUCUGUAAGGGAUGAUAAAUUAACAGCAACUUUUGCUACCAAUGCAGACGUAAAUCAAAAUGUUUCUAUUGAUUCUUCUAAUAAUAAUGAAGAUAAACCAUUUGAGGCCAAUUUAAUUAAUAGCACUGUUUAUAUAAUAGCUAUGGCACUUCAAAUAUCCACUUUUGCCAUUAAUUAUCGGGGUCAACCAUUUAUGGAGAGUCUAACACAAAAUAAAUCAUUGUUGUACAGUCUCUUGGGUAGUUCUGCUGUUGUUUUAUCACUAGCUUGUGGAAUAUUACCAGACGUAGCUUCGCAAUUGGAAAUUGUUGAUUUUCCAAAUGAUUUUCGAAGAGUUUUGGUUCAAAUACUUGUGGCAGACUUUGUGCUUGCAUAUAUUGCUGACAGAACUUGUUUAUGGCUCUUUGGAGAGGGAAAACAUAAUAAACUGUGAUGAGAACAUUUUCUGAAUAAGAUCAUAAUUUAUAAGGUAAUACUUUUUACGCACGAAAAAUAAGUCUCAAUGGUCUUGUUUUAUUGAGAUAAUUUGUCUACAUACUAAAUAUUAAGUAUCUCAUGUUACCUAAAGUAUAAACGUAUUAUUUUUUAAAUGGAUAUAUGUAGUGAUUUAAAAAAUAAGUAAGUUCGAAGAGAAGACGUGUAUGUGUAAAAUGUGUAAAAGUUUUGAUAUAUAUAUAUAUAUAUAUGUAUGUGUGUAUAUGUAUAUAUAUAUAUAUAUAUAUAUAUAUGUACAUAUAUGCAUACAUACAUACGUAUAUACAUAUACACAUAUAUAUACACACACAUAAUAUAUGUCGAAUAUAUAUAUAUUAUGGUGUCCCAAAAGUUUCUUUCUUAUCGCGUUAUGAAUGGUCUUAUCUGGUUCUGCUUGUGCAAAUAUGCAGGUUGAUCUAUUAGCAGUAUGUUAUCGGUUUCAGUCGUCCCAGAGCUCUUUUACAGUACUUUUCGUUCGUGUUACAAUCUCUUUUAAAACUUUUAUCCACAGCGUUAAAUAUGGAUAGAGAAAGGUGAUAUUUACGGCAUGUUAUACAUCAUUGUUUCAAAAAAGAUGAUAGUGUAAAGAAUACUUUCGACGAGAUUUGUACCGUGUAUACGGGGAUGAUGCUAUAACUAUUACAAUCGUUCGCAAUUGAUUUAAAAAAUUUCGAGGGGGAAAUUUUAAUCUGAAAAAUGAAGACCGGCAGCGGCCACCCAAAAACGACGGAUACGGACCUUAUCAAGGCCAUGCUUGAUGAAAAUCCGCGAUAUAAUGCCCGAGAUAAUGAAUUCCAUUAGGAUUCCCAAAACAACAGUACAUAAUCACCUAACUAAGAUGGGAUAUGUUAAUCGCUGCGAAAUUUGAGUUCCGCAUUUAUUGACAGAGACCACAUAUUGCAUUAACAAUAAGAGAAAAGUUCUUACAGUUUGAUUGGGAUGUUUUAUUACAUUCUGUAUAUUCUCUAGAUCUUGCUCCAUCUGAUUAUUACUUCUUUCUGUUCUUAAAAAAUUCUCUUCGCAAUAUGCCCUUUAAAUCCAUCAGCGAAAUAGAAGCGCACCUCUAAGAUUAUUUUAUUUAUUGUCCGAAACAUAUUAAUUUUGGGAAGAAGCCAUUAUGAGACUUCCUGAGAGAUGGAAGAAGGUAAUAGAUCAAAAGGGUUCUUUUAUAACAAAAUAAAUAAUAUCUUAAACAGUAAAUAUUGUGUAUUUAUUACAUAUUAGAAAAAGGAAAGAAACUUAUGGGACACCCUAAUAUACAUAUAUUUAUAUAUAUGUCGAAUGUAUUUUUAAUUCGCGCAAAAAAAAAAACGCAGGCAAUGUGAAUAGAGAAUGGCAUAAUUCGAUUAUUUCUUUGUAAAAUCAAGGAAAUGCGAUCUGUGAACAUAAUUUUAUUAUCUAUUAUGAAUUUUAAUAUUCAUAAUGGAAAAACUAAUAAUAAUUUUUAUGUUUAAGAAUACGGAAUGAAAUGAUUAACAACGUCAUGAAGAAUAUAUGUAAAAAUCAGUAAUAUUACAUGAGGUAGCAUACAUCAGACAUGAAAAUUUUAUUCCGUCGUUGGUAGCCUAAUAAUUUAAUAAGACAUUUUAAUGGCAUAAAAAUAAUCUCAUCAUUUUUCGAAUUCAUUUACGCGUUUUAAAUAAAUCAAUCCUGAUACAGGUAUUGUAUAUCUUGCUAUAUUACUUUUUUUUUUUUUUUCUUUUUUUUUUACUCAAGACAUUUUAUAAUAUAUUAAUAUAUAAUUAAAAGUUUCUGUAUUUUGGAUCGUAAUUAUUUAAUAUAAUAUUUAAGAAUAAUUACAUAAAAUGAACUGAAGUAACCAGCGUGCAUUAUUCGAUCUCACAAUCAAUGAGCUAUCGAACUGUAAUUACUUUUUUUAAUUCCAUUAGAUAUUGUUUGCAAUUUUUCACGUGAACACAUUCCGUUCGCUUCAUUAAAGAAAAAGAAUAAUUAUUGGAGAUGUAAAUAACUUUAGAAGUUAUUGUUUUGAAGUAUUACGUUGUUAUUUCUAUUGUGGAAUGCACUGGUUAAUAUAUUUCAUUGUAUAUAGUAACAAUUGCAUUCCAAUCUUAAGAAUAGUGUUACAAAAUAUCACGUCAUGGACAAAUUAUUUGGUGAUUUCAAAUAUGUCAGAAAUAUGUGAUAUUAAAAAUUUUGUUUUGAAGUUAUUUCAUAUUCAUUCAA